CGGAAAAUAUACUUUCUCUCUCUCUCUCAAACCGCCCUCCGUGCCCCUGGUUUUCCACGUUGCAACCUCUCUAAAUACACACCUUGGCGUGCGCCCCCUUGGAGCAGCGGCAUUCCAGCCUUCAAACACUUCCAAACAUUGCAUUGCCGGCGUUUGUGUGCGUUAGAGAGUGUGAGAGAGAGAGAUGGCAAGCAAGGUGGCGUCGGCGGUGCCGAGAGUGGAGAGCCUGGCAAAGCGCGGGCUGGAGGCGAUCCCGACCGAGUACGUGCGCCCGGAAUCGGAGCGGCGCGACCUCGGAGACGCAUUCGAGGAGGAAAAGAAGGCCGAGGAGGGGCCCCAGAUCCCCGUGGUGGACCUCAAGGGGUUCGACUCGGAGGACGAAGUGGUUCGGCGGGCGUGCGCGGAGGAGGUGCGGAGGGUGGCGUCCGAGUGGGGGGUGAUGCACAUAGUCAACCAUGGCAUCCCUCUGGAGCUUAUAGAGAAGGUGAGGAGGGUGGGGAAGGAGUUCUUCGAUUUGCCCAUCGAGGAGAAGGAGAAGUAUGCGAAUGACCAGUCGUCGGGGAUGAUCGCCGGGUACGGGAGCAAGCUGGCGAACAAUGCGAGCGGGCAGCUGGAGUGGGAGGAUUACUUCUUUCACCUCAUCUUUCCCCAUGACAAGGCCGACAUGUCCAUCUGGCCCAAGAACCCUGCCAACUACGUUGAGGUGACAAAGGAGUUUGCCGAACGGCUGAGGGGGGUGGUGUCCAAGAUGCUGGCAAUUCUUUCCCUGGGUCUGGGACUGGACGAGGCGAAGCUGGAGAAGGAACUUGGCGGCAUGGAGGACCUCUUGCUCCAGAUGAAGAUAAACUACUACCCCAGGUGCCCCCAGCCCGACCUCGCCCUCGGUGUCGAGGCUCACACCGACGUGAGCUCCCUCUCCUUCAUCCUCCACAACAUGGUUCCCGGGCUGCAGGUCUACAAGGAUAACAAGUGGGUCACCGCCAAGUGUGUCCCGGACUCCAUGAUCGUUCACAUCGGCGACACCCUUGAGAUCCUGAGCAAUGGCAACUACAAGAGCAUCCUCCACCGGGGACUCGUCAACAAGGAGAAGGUCCGGAUCUCCUGGGCGGUCUUCUGCGAGCCCCCCAAGGAGAAGAUAGUGCUCAAGCCACUCCCGGAGCUUGUGACCGACGAGACCCCGGCCAAGUUCCCCCCUCGCACCUUUGCUCAGCACAUCCAGCACAAGCUCUUCAAGAAGACCCAGGAGGACUUCAUUUCUCCGAAGUGAGAUUGCACUGCAGUACUCUUUUCUGCAAAAGUUCAGGCCAUUUCCCUUGCCUUGUUGUAUGUGUUCGAGUUCGAGUUGAGACGUGAACCUUUCGUUACUUAUGUUGUUGUUGUCAGGACGGUCAAACUCUUUGUCGUGUUGUGGUCGUUUUUUUUUUAAAACCUUCUUGGUUGUUACGUGAAUGUGCCAUCAUGAUAGCCCUUGCGUAGUUAGCUUGAUGUUGUGCUCUAAUUUGAAUCCUUUGUGACAUAAAUAUGUGAAAUAAUAAACUAAGGUUAUCAAAUUACAUGCUU